UCCACAAAGAGAAUGAUGAUGUGGUCCAACUUCUUCAUGCAAGAGGAGGACCGCCGGCGGGAGGCCGCGGGCCGGAGGCGGGCUCACGGGGCGCACAAGGCCCGGAUGACCCCGGAGCGCGAGGGGAAGAUCAAGCUGGCGCUGCUGCUGACCUCUGUGGGCGCCACGCUGGCCGUGCUGGCCGUGGGCACCGAGUUCUGGGUGGAACUCAACACCUACAGGGACAACGGCAGUGCCGUCUGCGACGCUGCCUACCUGGGGCUCUGGAAGAUGUGCACCAAGCGACUGUGGCAGGCGGACGUGCCCGCGGGCAGAGACACCUGUGGCCCCGCGGAGCUGCCUGGAGAAGCAAACUGCACUUAUUUUAAGUUCUUCACCACUGGAGAGAAUGCACACAUCUUCCAGAGAACCACAAAGAAAGAGGUAAAUCUGGCAGCUGCGGUGAUAGCAGUGCUAGGCCUGGCAGUCAUGGCCUUGGCGUGCCUCUGUAUCAUCAUGGUGCUCAGCAAAGGCGCAGAGUUCCUGCUCCGGGUUGGAGCCAUCUGCUUUGGCCUCUCAGGCCUGCUGCUUCUGGUUAGCCUGGAGGUGUUCCGGCAUUCCGUGAAAGCCUUGCUGCAGAGAGUCAGCCCUGAGCCUCCCCCGGCCCCGGCCCUGACCUAUGAAUACUCCUGGUCUCUGGGCUGUGGCUUGGGGGCCGGCCUGGUCCUGAUGCUGGGGGGUGGCUGCUUUCUCCUGCUCACCCUGCCUCCCUGGCCCUGGGGCUCUCUCUGUCCCAAGUGGGGGCACAGGGCCACCUAGGGCCACUGUUGGGCUUUCUCUAAGCAACUUCCAAACCCUUCUCCUUUCUCCAUUGUCCCCCUCCACAUCUUGUGCCCCAUGUCCUAGAGAAACUGUGUUCUCCCUGCUCUGGGGCCAUGCUGUUUGCACAGACCUGCCCCUCGUGCCCUCUUCUUUUUCCUCUGUAAAUAUAUUUUCCUCCGUGGCUGAAUUUGGGUUGCUUGGGGGUGGGAUGGGGAGAAGAUUUUUGCAAACGAGGGUCCCCUGGGAAGGCUGGUGGGGACCUGAUGGGGUAACUAGGGAGUUGGGGGGGGGUGCGGUCAGGGGGUCUUGGGAGGGAGUUGGACCUACUUGUUUCCCAGAUUUGGAUGUAUUCACUUGUGGGAGAGACUUUUUUCCCAGGGAAAUAGGGGUGGGGAAGGGGAGAAUCGCUGGGUCUGACCUUGCUGUGGUCUGAAUUGGGAUUAAAGGUUUGGAAAUUUAACAUUGAUUUGGAGUCUGUUGUGAUGUGAUUUGUGCAUUCCAGGGUAGAGAAAAGGGGUCACUCGUGCUCUCCAGAAACCCUCUACAUGCUACGUGUCAGCCCUAAAGUCACAUGUCAAUGAACCGUAGAGAGUGACGGAAAACUCAACAGUUUGGAACACAGACACUGUCAUAGGUUGAAGGGGGUCCCUCCUCAAAGUAUAUGUUGGGGUCCUAACCCCCAGGACCUCAGAAUGUGACUUUAUGUGCAGAUGGGGUCUUUGCAGAGGUGACCAAGUGCCCCUGUGAGGUCAUGGGGGGCCUAAUCCAAUAGGACUGGCGUCCUUAUAUGGAGAGGAGAUUAGGACGCUGACAUAGACAGAGGGAAGACGAGGUGCAGAGACACAGGGAGAAGAUGCCCAUCUACAAGCCAAGGAGAGGGGCCUGGAACAGAUUCUCCCUCGCAGCCCCCAGAGGAACCAGCCCUGCAGACACCUUGAUCUCAGACUUCUAGCCUCCAGAACCGUGAGACAGUGCAUUUCUGUUGUUUAAGCCCCCCUGUCUGUGGUCCUUUGUCAGGGCAGCCCUAGCUAGCUGAUACACCUGUUAGUACCUGGAUUCUGCUGUAACAAAUACCUAAAAGUGUAGAAGUGGCUUUGGAAUUGGGGAAUGGGUAGAAGCUGGAGGUGUCGUGAGGUGUGUGCUAGAAACAGCCUAGGUUGCUUUGAUGAGACUGUUGGUAGGAAUACGGAUGUGAAAGGAAGUUCUGAGGAGGACUCCGGAAGAAGCGAGGAGAGCGGUAGAGAAAGCAUGCGUCACCUUAGAGAACACACGUAUCACUCUGAACGGAAUGCUGGUGGAAGCGGGUCGACAACAACUGACGGAUUGGAAGCAGCUUCCUUGACGAGAUCAUUUGUCAUCCAGGAGCCUGAAGAAGAGGAUUCAGACUCAUGGCCAGCAGCCUGGAUAAGACCCACAG